AGGCUUAGGGGUGUCUGAAGUGGAUUGGAUUUGGGUGAUAAACACAGUUUGUGAACAUUAUCCCCAGCUGGGACAUUUCAAGAAAUUCUUGACAUAAGUGGGGAGGAAAUUUGAAAGAUGCUGAAAAGUCCUUAUUCAACAUUGACGGAGAGCGAGUCAGGAAGUGAAAAGGCUAAACAACCUUCAAAACACUUGGUUCGGAUCGACGUCACUUCCGGUGUCGAAGAAAACGUGGGAAUACAAAACAACCUCGAAGAAGAAAAUGAACAUCCGGUUUAUGUAAAUUACUAUCUCUCUGACGGUAACCGUCUUUGGCGACCUAGACACCGGAAAAAGUCAGUGACAGCCAACCAGGAGAUUUUCAACAGUUUUACUUUAAGGCGUUAUCUUCCAGAUACGGGAACUAGUGUCACCAGCAAUCCUUACGGAAUACCCAAAUAUCAAGACUGUUUUGAAAAUAGAUUCCAACCUAUCGUAACAUCUACAGAUAUACCCGAUUCAGAUGUAGUUCCGUUUACAAACAUGGCAGAUAUUGAAGGACUCUCAUUUAGCAGGAUAAACCCAGCUUUUAUAGACACCGAUGGAAAGCAAUCAAAUGUAUCGCAAAAAUCAACGAAAUCAAAUAAGAAAAAAGAGGUAAAGAUUGACGUUGAAAAUAUUCAAUUGAAACACACUGUACAAAAGGAAGAAAGCGAUGAUGUGUUUACCAAUGAGACCGAAAAUAAUAUGAAAAAUAGAACGAAAAACCCGCCUACCGCACAAAUAUCUCCGAUAAUUAGUCCCUCACAGACAGGGAGUGGGGACGGCGAUAGUAUCGCCAUCUCUAUCACGGACGAGCGCGGCCAGGAUCAAGUGGUCGACAACAUUCGGACAUCGGUGUCUUCGCCACCGGAAGAGACUCACCCGGAUGGAAACGGAGACAUUUCACACGGAACUGGAGAGCCAACGAGCCUUGGAGAUGUUCCGCAGAUUAGUGAGGAGGACGUGAAAUGGUUGUCUUGGAUAGAACAACAGUUCACAGCCAUCGCUGGGGAGGAUGGAGAAAUCAGUCUCGAGGAGUUCAAGGACGCUCUCCAUGUCAAACGGUCAUUUUUCGCCGAGCGAUUUUUCGCUCUGUUCGACCAAGACAACAGUGGGUCUAUCGAGCUACAUGAGUUGCUGGAUGGACUGCGUACCCUCACGAAGGGGACACCUGCUGAAAAACUCAAGUUCCUCUUUGAUGUUUACGAUGUAGAUGGAAGUGGAACGAUUGACAGAGAUGAACUUAAAACAGUGUUGAUGUCCUGUACCGAGGAGAGUUCUCUCUCCAUCAGCGAGGAGAAUAUGGACGCCCUUACCGACAUCUUGUUUGACUCAGCUGACGAGGACAACAGUGGCGCCAUCUCGUUCGAGGAACUUAAAGCGGAACUAGAAAAACACCCGGGCGUUCUAGAGAAUCUCACAAUAAGCGCGGCACAGUGGCUGAAGCCUCCCGACAAAAAGAAGAACAAGACACGCAGGCGAUAUUUCACAGUCGCCUAUCUUCGGAACAACCUCAAGAAAGUUGUGUUCUUAAUAUUGUACUUCUUGAUCAACAUUGCGCUUGGAGCCUACGCAGCUUACAGCUAUCGGAACUCUAAUGGAUUUAUCAUAGCGGCGCGAAUAUGUGGCAUGAACCUGAAUUUUAAUUGCAUGUUCAUCCUUGUGUUGAUGUUACGGAAAUCAAUUACAUAUCUUUUGAUGACUAAGAUAGCAAAGUUUCUUCCGCUCGAACAAAACAUUCUAUUCCAUAAAAUGGUUGGAUGGAUGAUAGGUUUUUAUUCCAUCGUUCACACCUUCGCUCACAUAGGAAAUGCAAUCUUACUUGACCAAUCCAAACCCGACCUUGCAUUGUGGGAGAUCUUGUUCACGAACCGCGCCGGGUAUGGAUGGGUAUACGGUACCGCCAUUGUGACCGGAUGGGUGCUGGACAUCAUCAUUGUAAUCAUGAUUAUCUGCUCACUAGAAUUCGUCCGUAGAGGUGGUCAUUUCCAGGUAUUUUACACUACCCACAUGCUCUAUAUAUUAUUCUGGAUCCUGCUGAUAAUUCACGGAUCGAAUUUCUGGAAGUGGUUCGUGGGCCCCGGUGUGAUCUUCAUCAUCGAGAAACUGUUGAGAUCGAAAUUGAUCAAGAAGGCCAGAUACGGCAAUACUUACAUAGAGGAAGUUAAUUUGUUACCAUCCGGUGUAACACAUCUGGUGAUAUCCCGUCCUGUAAAGUUUAAGUACAAAGCUGGAGACUACGUAUUCAUUCAGAUUCCCGCCAUAGCCAAACAGGAGUGGCAUCCGUUUACCAUCAGCAGUGCACCAGAGAUGAAAGGACAUAUUUGGCUCCACGUGAGAUCAGCCGGUCAUUGGACGAACAAAUGUUACAAGUACUUCGAGAACUUGGACCCUGAACUGGAGAAGGGUAAGACAGUGGUGCGAGUUCCUCUUCAGAAGCGCAAAUCUCGGCACAUAGGCAUAGAAGGUAAAAUCAGGCGGUCACCUUUGGAGAAUAUUGAGAUAGAACUAGAAGAAGAAUCUCGACUGAGACGAAAAGAAAAGACGAAAGCGGUUCGCGUACAGUGUUUUAUAGACGGGCCAUAUGGGACUGCUACUCGAGAGAUCUACGAGACAGAGCACGCGGUGUUGGUAGGAGCAGGAAUAGGAAUCACACCCAUGGCGUCUAUACUACAGAGUGUUAUGUAUCGUUAUAAGGCAUCGUUACGGACAUGCCCACACUGUCACAAAGAUUUCUACGGCGAAAUCCCAGAGACCACAAUGAAACUUAAAAAGGUUGACUUUGUAUGGGUGAAUCGGGACCAAAAAGCAUUUGAGUGGUUCGUGUCACUAUUGACUCAGUUAGAGGUCGAUCAGGCUGAGAUAGAGACAAAUGGUGGCCCAGCUGGCUCUCAUAGGAUCAUAGAUAUGCACAUGUUUAUGACCGCGGCACAGAAAAAGACAGAUAUGAAAGGCAUCGGCCUACAGAUGGCGCUGGAUCUGAUGCACAAGAAAGAAAACAAAGACAUGAUAACAGGUUUGAAGACGAAAACGGAACCAGGACGACCUAACUGGGGAAAGCUGUUCGAAAAGAUAAUCAAAGAGAAUCGUGGAAAAAUAAAGGUGUUCUUUUGUGGAGCGCCAGCCCUGGGGAAGAUAAUUAAAGAAGAAUGUGAGAAAAUGAAGAUAGGAUUCUCUAAAGAAAAUUUCUAAAUUUCAAAAGAGUGCAUCCUUGGAUAUUUAUAUAAAUAACUGCGUUGUUGAAUGUUUUGUGUGAAUGUGUUGAAUAGUAGUGUUUUAGUUAUAAGUAUACUGCAGGCUACAGUUUCGUCAUUGUUCUCUAAGUCAAGAGGAUUUCUCAACUUUGUUCAUAGAAAAGUAUUGGAGUAACGGAAAAAAUCUUAAAAGCAAACUGUUAUUACAUUUUGUUGUUUUCAAAUGAAAAAUAUUAGGAUAAGUAAAGUUGAUAAGACUGGUGACGCGGAUAGAACAAAGAAUAAUUGAUAACAUAAACAAACUAAGGACGGCUCAACUAGCUAUAUCAGAACUCUUAUAUUUAACUAAGAAACUAAGGAAUGGUUAACUAGCUAAAUCGGAACUCUUAUACUUAACUGAGUAACUACGAACGGGUUAACUAGCUAUAUCGGAACUCUUAGACUUAACUAAUGAGUAGUUAACUAGUUAUAUCGGAACUCUUAGACUUAACUAAUGAGUAGUUAACUAGUUAUAUCGGAACUCUUAGACUUAACUAAUGAGUGGUUAACUAGCAAUAUCGGAACUCUUAGACUUAACUAGUAACUAAGGAAUAGUUAACUAGCUAUAUCGGAACUCUAAGACUUAACAAAGUGACUGAGGAAUGGUGAACUAGCUAUAUCGGAACUCUAUAGACCUACUAAGUAACUUAGGAAUGGUAAACUAGAUAUAUCAAAAGUCUUAGACUUAACUAACUAACUAAGGACGGUUUAACUAGCUCGGAACUCUAGACUUACGUGUAACUAAGAAAUUAAGGAAUGGUGAACUAGCUAUAUCGGAAUUCUUAGACUUACAUGUAACUAAGUAACUAAGGAAUGGUUAACUAGCUAUAUCGGAACUCUAAGACUUAACUAAGUGACUGAGGAAUGGUGAACUAGCUAUAUCGGAACUCUAUAGACCUAACUAAGUAACUUAGGAAUGGUUAACUAGAUAUAUCGGAACUCUUACACUUACAUGUAACUAAGUAACUAAGGAAUGGUGAACUAGCUAUAUCGGAAUUCUUAGACUUACAUGUAACUAAGUAACUAGGGAAUGGUUAACUAGCUAUAUCGGAACUCUUACACUUACAUGUAACUAAGUAACUAAGGAAUGGUUAACUAGCUAUAUCGGAAUUCUUAGACUUACAUGUAAAUAAGUAACUAAGGAAUGGUUAACUAGCUAUAUCGGAAUUCUUAGACUUACAUGUAACUAAGUAACUAAGGAAUGGUUAACUAGCUAUAUCGGAACUCUUAGACUUACAUGUAACUAAGUAACUAAGGAAUGGUUAACUAGCUAUAUCGGAACUCUAGGACUUAAUGCAGUAACUAAGGAAUCGUUAACUAGCUAUUUCGGAACUCUAAGAGCGAAAUAUAUAUAACUCAAAAUUGCAUAAGUAGCACUGACUAUGGCCAAAUUUUGAUGUCAGAAUUUUCCAGUAGGAGUCAUCGCCCUUUCCCUUGUACAUACUAGCUUUGUUUAGAUAUGUACAUUUCCUCGAUUUACCCUAUUAGCGCUGUAUAGAAAGUUUUAUGUUUUUGAUAUCUGUUUUUACAAAAUAACAAACGAUAUCAAUAGAGUGUUAAAAUUCGUUAUCAGACAAUAUCUACUCAUUGAAAAAACAAACCCACGUUUGGAAAAUUCAUGUCAUCUAAGAUAUUUCAUAUAAAGUGUAAAUUGUUCUCGACAACAAUGUUCCUCACAAUGAAUCCCUAUACAUUGUUAAUUAAAUCAUUAUCGUUAGUGGUAGCCAUAAAGACAUCACAAUGUAUUAUGCUAUGAUAUCUUGACUUAUUUUUUGUAUAACAUGACUCUAGUUAAUUGCAAUA